AUGAUUCCAGGCAACCAAUACUUCAACCUCUCCGUCCAGUUGGAAUCCGGCAUCCGUCUCAUCCAAGCCCAAGGCCACCGGGACCCAAAUGGCACCAACCAAAUCCGACUCUGCCACUUCAACUGCGCCCUCAUCGACGGCGGCAGCCUCGAAGAGUACCUCCUCACCACCAAAGCAUGGCUAGAAGCAAACCCCAAGGAAAUCGUGACUUUCCUCUUCGUCAACACCGGCGUGCCGCUCAUCAGAUGGAUCGAGGCGUAUUACAGGACGGGCUUCGACUUGAUCUCGUAUGAGCCGCCGCCCGACAAGCGGUACGGCCGGAUGAAGAUCGAGGACUGGCCUACCAUCGAGGAGAUGGUGCAAAGCGGAAAGCGGGCGGUGACGUUUCUCUCCGGAGGGGCUAGAGAGUAUCUUGUGCCUUGGCUUCUUGCAGAAUUCGAUUACACCUUCGAGACCGAUUUCGGCAACGAGUCGCCCUGGCAAUUCUCCUGCGAGCCAGCCCGUCCGCGAUGGCCCGACUCGUACAUUCCAAAUCGCCUAUCCCUCGUGAACCACUUCCUCUACGCCAAGUUCUUCGGCUUCCGCUACCCGGACGCUGCGCAUGCGAACCGGACGAACAGCGCGAGCUUCGAGAUUGGGGCGCUCGGAGAGCACGCGGCGAGGUGCCGGACGAGGUACGAGAGGCGGCCGAAUUUUCUGCUGGUGGAUUUCUUCAAUGAAGGGGAUGUGUGGGACGUCGAGCAUGGGAUGAACGCGUUCUGA